ACCCGACUGGCUGCAGAUAAGAUAAGAUGUUGCUGCCUAAGCAGCUCCAUUGUCCAAGUACUUUGAGUUUCUAGUGGGGUUCUCAGCAUUCCUCCUCCUCCUCUUUCUCCUCUACUGACGAUUUCUACUCUUUUCCUACUCUCUUUUCUCUCAUACCAUAAUGUCCCCUUCAGAGUCUGCACAGGCAGUUCCGCUUCCACGACGACGAGACUCGCUAAGCGCAUCGUUCACCUCCGCUAAUACUAACAAGCCACCCGUAUGGUCAAUCGACGAGCGUGCUGCAGCCGAACCAGCACCUUUACCCGCAAAAUGUGACAGACAUAUUCCCGGAAGGGAAGGCGUAUGCUGUAAAGAACUCAGAGACGUCGACGAGAGGACGCUCAUUGACCCAGACGUUGUCCGCGAUGUCGUAAUAGGAUUGUCAGAUGGCCUUACAGUGCCGUUCGCCUUGACGGCCGGUCUCUCUUCGCUCGGAGAAUCUAGGCUGGUCAUCCUCGGAGGUUUCGCAGAACUCAUAGCUGGCGCACUCUCAAUGGGUAUCGGCGGGUUCCUUGCAUCUCAAGCCGAACGUGACCACUAUCUCUUCCUCAAAAAAUGCACCGAGUCUCGUGUACAACGGUGUUGUGAUGGAGAGAUGGAACGGGAGGUGUAUGGCGUCCUCGGUCCUAUAGGCGUAGACGAGAAGACUAGCCGAAUGGUUGCGAGGAGUCUGAAGGAAGUUGAAUUGGCCACAGGGGGUGAUGGGAGCAGUGUUGGUUCAGGGGCAGGACCCGAAGAAGCCGGUCUCAAAUGGAGCAAGACUGUUGGUCUCACCGCGUUCCUACUAAAGUUCGGUGAAGGAUUGGAAGAAAUUCCCACACGACGAAUGUACAUUUCUGCAUUUACGAUUGGACUGGGCUAUCUUCUCGGAGGUUUCGUGCCUUUACUACCCUACUUCUUCAUUCCUGUCGCACAUAUCGCGCUCAUAUACUCCUGCAUCAUCACUGGUAUCGUCCUUCUCAUAUUUGGUGCAGUGAAGGCUCGCGUUACCGGUGCAGCUGGUGCAGGAAUCGGUGGCUACGUCUGGGGAGCAGUUAGCAUGCUGCUUGUCGGUGGUGCCGCGGCCGCAGCAGCCUAUGGUUUGGUUGCAGCGCUCGAAGGAUAACCCUCGUUAUCUUCGAUGUGUUUUUAGCUUCAUAUCUUCUUCUUGCUUGCUCGGACUUGUGGUGAUUGGUUUCUUGCAGGGAAUAUUCCCCGGUUCAUAUAUUGCUUAGAGUGCUCACGGUCUUUUGUAAUUGAUGUAGCUUGUACUCCUUUCUUUUCUGCUUCGUGCUUUGUAUGUAUUGUUACCUUAUAUCCAUGGGUUGUGGACUUAGCUUACCAUGGCACAUAGAGUUAGUUCCUCUUAUAACGAUAUCCUAGAUGCGCCCUGUCAACUUCUUUCUCACAUUCUGUCCA